AUGGAUCAGGGUCCUGGCGCGGCGUCUGGAGGGAGUUUCAUUUCCCUGAGCGAAAACGAACAAAGAUGUUACUCAGGGCUUCACGCGCUGUGCCAGUGUGACAGCUCGGGGAAACUAUCAGCGAGCAAAGUGGGAGAGCUGUUUAGGUCAUCUCAGUUGCCGGCCGAGACUCUACAUCAAGUAACUGAAGUGUGUGGUGCUAAGCGGCUUGGCUACUUUGGUACAGGACAGUUCUACAUUGCUCUGAAACUCCUGGCUGCUGCACAGUCUGGUUUGCCUGUACGUUUAGAGAGCAUCAAGGGCGAUCUGCCUCUUCCUGUCUUUGUGGGAAUGAAGAGUGAGCUUGAGUUCUUACACUCAACCCAGUGUCAAAGCAGUGACAUCCAGGGCCACGCGCUCAGCUCUGUGCCAGUCUCUGCCCCUAGGGUCACUCUCAGGCUCCCAGACAACACCAUGGACAAACAGGAACCCAGAUCUCCUCCCCGGUCUCCAAGCAGCUCCCCACCCCAUUCUCCAACAGCCUACCGUAGCUACCCAUACGGCAUACAGAGGAAUGGCACUGAGAUGUUUUUCACCUAUGAGAACAAGCACCAGAGCUGUCCUACUGUUCCACAGGAAAACUCCUCACCCAGUCACUAUGGACACAAACCUCCGGCAGAUCAGCCUCCCACCGGUCGCAUGAACAGAGCUCCAUCUGUGGAGAAGCUUGUGGACAGGGGCUCUGCCGACUAUUCGGACGACCCCUGGAGAAUCACAGCCGAACAGAGAGAGUAUUACACCAAUCAGUUCAGGAGCCUUCAGCCCGACCUUGGUGGUCUCAUCCUGGGAACAGUAGCAAAAAACUUCUUUACAAAGUCAAAGCUCCCAAUACCAGAGCUGUCACAUAUAUGGGAGCUGAGUGACAUCGACCGGGAUGGAGCUCUUACUUUCCCUGAGUUCUGCACAGCGUUUCACCUGAUCGUGGCACGGAAGAAUGGCUACCCUCUGCCAGAGACCCUACCCCCAACCCUGAGAACAAGCCUGCUCACACAGGGGGACAUUACAGCCACAACUGCCGAGAGCGUGCAACCUCUCAUCGUUUUCCGUGACACAAUACCCCGAUCUAACCAACAGGAGACGGGUGGAGUUGACAUGCACAUAAGCUCCAGAUCAGGCCUCACAGCAUCCAAGCAGGAUCUGAGAGAAGAGGGCUGCAAAGCAGAUUUCAGUCCAAAGAAAGUGACAGCUCCUCAAGAUGAACCUACACAGCACACGGGCAGAUUGGUGCUCAGGCCAGAUCCUCCACAGGAGCUGGACCUGCAGAGGUCAAAAACAAGACCAAGGUCAUACUCCAGCACCUCCAUCGAUGAUGCCAUGAAGAAGGCCGAGGAGCCACCAACACCUCCACCCCGACCACAGAGAACCCACUCCCGUGCCUCAUCACUAGACCUAAACAAACUAUUCCAGCAGAGCAGUCAGGGUGUCAGGAGUGGCUCGUUACCUCACCCUCCAGCUCUUCCCCCCAGACCUCCAGCGACACAGCUCCAUCAUUUCCUACUACCAUCAGAGAAGAGCUCCCAGAAGACUGUGCAGCAGCCUGACUUUGCUGACUUCAGCAGGUUCAGAGAAGAGGUGAGCAGAGCAGAAAGGUCCAGCCCCACCACAGAGGACUUGGGACAGCCAAAAACAGACCCUGUAGUGAUACCUCAAAGCCAUGCCCCUCAGAAGCCUGUCCGCAGGAAACUCCGCCCAGAGAGCCAGAAUCUGGAUGUCACUCCCCCUUUGACCACACCCUUUACCUCCACAAGCUCAGUGACCAAACCUACACAAAGGCUACCUCCCAGACAGAAGAGAGAGAUCCAGACAGCCAUCAGGAAGAAUAAAGAGACCAACGCGGUGCUGACACGCCUCAACAGCGAACUACAACAACAGCUAAAGGAAGUUCACAAGGAGAGGAUGACUCUGGAGUCACAGUUGGAGAUGCUUCGGCCCAUGACAUCUACAUAGCACUGGCAAUAUUCAGAUUCCUGCUGCAUUGGGACUUAGCCUCCCAGAAAAACUGUCUUCAGAAUCCUGUCUUAUGCACACGUGUGUCUGGGUGCCCUGCGCCGGCAUGGAGCACCCUAACACCAAGUUUAGGGCUCUGUAGAACACUGUCCUAGAAAGGCACAUGUCAAUCGUUUGGGGUAGUGUGUUGACUGACGUUUGAAACCUUGUGAUGCUUUGUCUGUGUGUUUUAAGCAAAAAAAAUUAAAAAAAAAGAAGAAGAAGAAGAUGCACUAAUGGCCAAAUAAUAAAAAAAAGGAAAGAAUGAGACCUACACCUGCAACCAUCAACCGCUGUUCUACCCACAGUCCCCCUGUCUCUCUUUAAAUGUUUCGUCCUAUGCACUGUAGCUGGCUCUUUACUGUAACGUUCUUAAUGUUCGUUUUUUAACUUUGUUGGUAUUCCUUUUCCUUAGCCCACUUGGCCCCGUCAUUGUCUCUUAAUCAAGACAACUUUCAGCUGAAAGCACAAAUGAGUGUGUUUAUGUGUGACACGGCCAGAUGACCCCUGUCUCUUCGAGAGCUGAAAUGUACACAAACAUUUGGCACAA